CACAGCUUAUAUAAAUGAGGUAGCCAGGGUAUCAAAGAUGACAGUAAAAACUAAAAGAAAGAUCACCAUGCCCACCACUCACUUCUCUUCCAUCUCUCUCAUAACUUAUGCUUUUCUUCUUAUGAUUAUGUUUCCUUGCUGCUCUUUGCAAAAAUCUUUUGAUACCCACAAUGCUAAAGUCUCUUCUUUUCUACCACCAGAUGUUUGCGACCAAUCUUCUCAAGUUCAUCAUAACAUAGACUCAUCCUUAGAAUUAGUGCAUAAGCUAGGUCCAUGCUUUGCACGCUUCCAUGAUGAUAAGAACAAGAAGCUAGAAAAAUCUGGCUCUUACAAUAUUCAAGAAAUGCUCAUUAAAGACCAAGCUCGAGUUCAUUCAAUCCAUGCUAAGUAUUCCAGAUACCAAGAACAAUGGUCUAGUGCUUUUAAGGAGAAGCAGACGACGGUACCAAUCCACUCAGGAAUCAACAUUGGCACCGGCAAUUACGUUGUUAUGGUGGCUCUUGGAACCCCUGCAAAGAAUUUGACACUUGUUUUUGACACUGGCAGCGACAUUACUUGGACCCAAUGUGAGCCAUGCGUAAGGUCUUGCUACCGGCAAGCUCAACCAAAGUUUGAUCCAAGGAAGUCCUCCUCCUAUAAAAAUGUUUCAUGUUCUUCAGCUUCUUGCCAAUUAAUUCGCGCCUCAGGAGGCGCAAAGGGUUGCUCUUCCUCGACUUGUCUCUAUGGAGUGCAAUACGGUGAUGGCUCCUAUUCCGUUGGAUUUUUUGCCAUCGACAAGCUGACUAUUUCAUCGGAUGUGUUCAACAAUUUCUUGUUCGGCUGCGGCCAAGAAAAUAAGGGCCUCUUUGGCAAAUCAGCUGGUUUGCUUGGACUCGGACGUAAAAGGUUAUCUUUAGCGUUUCAAACAGCUAGAAAAUACAAAAAGCUCUUUUCUUACUGUUUACCGUCCUUAAGCUCAACCGGCCACCUUAGUUUUGGUGGCAAACUCCCGAAGUCUGUCAAAUUCACUCCGUUAUCAUCAAAAUUACUUUCAACACCUUUUUACGGCAUCGAUGUCACUGGAAUAAGCGUCGGUGGCCACAAAUUAUCCGCGAAUGCUUCAGUUUUUAGCAAAGCCGAUACUAUCAUCGACUCAGGUACGGUCAUUACUCGGCUGCAGCCCACAGUUUACUCUGAACUGAGCUCCACGUUUCAAGAAUUUAUGAAAGAUUAUCCCUUGACAGAUGGGGUGUCCAUUUUGGAUACAUGCUAUGAUUUUAGCAAUUAUGACGAGGUUUUGGUGCCCAAGAUUAGCAUUUUCUUGAGAGGUGGGGUUGAGAUCGAGGUAAAUAAUAUGGGGAUUAUGGUAGCAAUAAAGGGUCCAGAGCAGGUGUGCCUUGCUUUUGCAUCGACCGGUGAUGAUACCGAUCUUACUAUAUUGGGAAGUACCCAGCAAAAGAGCUAUGAGGUUGUCCAUGAUCUUGCCAAGGGAAGAAUUGGAUUUGCCCCUGGUGGUUGUAGCUAAGAGAAUAAUAAGAAGAAAAUCAAAAUAAAAAUAAAAAUCUCAUAAUGGUGAAUACCCAUUAAAUAUUUUGAUUUAUUAAAAAGAAAAAGGAAUUAGCCAAUAUAUAGAGGGUCAUGUAGAAGCUAAAUAAAGUUAUGGCAAAAGAGUAUCACCAAGAGCGUUGAGAGCUUAGAAUUAACUAUAAAUUAAUGCUAUGUAUAAUUAAAUUAUUGUUCAAUAACUGGAAAUUGGAAAAUUAGAGAGAUAUAAUGUCCUGAGGAUAGAGGCAAUGGAAUCCCUUCCUCAUAUUUAUCAAACACUUCCAAGGUAUUGAAGAACCCAGCUCUAAAUUGGGCUUGGAGAAGAAUUUGUUGAUUGGGUCUUGAUUUCUCCAAGCUGAGUGGCAAGGAACAGGGUCCAUGUUUGUUGACUAUCUCCACGACCUGAAAUUGCCUGUUGGAUCCAAAAAGUUAAUCCUCUUAAUAACUUUUUACAUUUAUAUUCUAGAUUAAAAUUUUUAAAUAAUAAAAUUAAUUAAUAAAUUUUCAUCA